AUGGCUUCAGAUACCAUCCAACCGGACUACGAAAAGGAGAAGCAACAAGUCAGUCAUCACAUCGAACAUGCAAACCCGCAUCAUGGUACAGACUUGUCGCUGGAGUCACAGCAUGACCAAACAGACCAAGGCGUGGAUAUGAAUAAUGCCCACGCACUCAAAGGAGACGACUCAGAUGGCAAGGUAGAAUGGAGUGUGCGUAGCAUCUUCGCCGCCAUCUUCCUCGCCGCACUAUACACUGGCUCCCAAGUAAUCCUCUACUUCGCCGGCGCCUCCCUCUCGUUCAUCGAAGCCGAUCUCAACCUCGACCGCGGCUCAGCCUGGCUGCCCACCGCCAACAUCCUCGCCAUCGCCGCCGUAUGCCCCUAUGCAGGCUACCUCCAAGACCUCUUUGGGAAACGCUACAUCGCACUCUUUGGCUCCUUUUGCAUCUGCCUCGGAUGUGCGUUGAUGGGCAGUGGACAGAAUUUCGGACAGCUGUUGGCUGGUAUGGCGAUUUCGGGGGCGGGCGCUGCGACGGGGGAGUUGACUGGUCUUGCUGGGUAA